AUGAACCCAGGCGGACAGCAUGAGGCUGGUCAUAGUGAUCCCCAAUCAGACAUUGCAGCCUCGUCUAUAACACCAAUCACUAAGAAUGGCGACCUCAUUCUGGAAUACCUUGCAUCCAGUGAUUCUCCGUUGGCUGUGAGUCGCAAAUGGCAGGUGGCAAGCGAACUUCUUUCGUCCAACAGUCCAUAUUUCCAAGCAUUGUUGGACCCUACAAAAUUCUCCGAGGGCAGGCAUUUCAAUACCCAGAAACAAGCCUGGAAUGAGUCCCAAGAUUCAAAUGUCUUGUCACAGCAUACGCUGCCAACAGUCACACUGCCGGCCAUUCAGCCGACCAGGAUGUGCGGAGAAGACGCCAUUGAAUUAUUCUUACGAAUCUUGUGUGUCGAAUCGACCGAGGAAACGGAAAAGGGUGCUUUCGAAAAUCAAUUAAAAUACCAAUCUUCUUCCUUGAUUGCAAGGCUAAUCGAGCUGGCCGAUUCCUUCAAUUCCCCCCGCAUUGUGCGGGAUAUGCUGCGACGAGUGGGAUAUUCUUAUGGCAAAGCAAAAUCCGCGCCUCUGACCAAGUUUAAUGCUGCCCUGUUGUCUGCCAAGGAAGACAGGAUUCGACAGAUCAUUUUCAUAUCUACGUUCCUGGGUGAUGCGAGAGUCACCAGAGUAAUGACCCAUACCUUGAUUGUUGUGGGCUCCAAGUUCUGGACGAAUGGACUGGAAAGCCCUGAGGGAGAUUACUUACGCUGGAAAUAUCUACCAAAUGGACUUGAGGAGGAAAUAUAUCAUCGGCGCCAACUGGUCCUCAAUACAAUAACUGACAUACAGGCUCAUUUCCUGCGAGUCUAUGGAGGAAUGGAGGAUACCGAAAACACGAAGUCAACCCCCAGUAGAACACUGGGCGCAGCCUUCACGACUUCUGCCCCUGCGCUUCUCCACUCUCGUCAAUUCCAAUGCAGAGGUGGAUUCAACAACGCCAGCCAAUGUGAUCUCUUCCAAUUGGGCCAGAUGGUUCGAUUCUUCUCUGUGCGAGCGAAGACAAUAUUCCUAGGCUCGACUCUGUUAGAUCCCGAUUUCAGCGAAACCCCCGAAGAUGAGCAUAUAUUGGAAAGCAAUAACGACCAAUCUGCAGGCCCAGCCUCGGAUAUCACCGCGAUCAUUUCCUCCAUCAAGAAAUACCCCGACUAUCCAAUUGACGAGGCUCACACGGGGUGUGGUGUCCGGCGUCGGAUCAUGCCUGCCUUGGAAUGCGUUGAGAAGUUUGCUUGGGAUGACCGAGGCUUACUUGGGAUCACGCCUGAGAAUCCGGAUAUCCAUGCACCGGAAGCUUCCCAGACAUUGAAGUGGACUCCGUGGGCUGAGUUAUUACGGCGGAAACACUCUGUAGACAUCGCGUUCGCGAGAGUGACGGCUGUGUAUUACCCUUCUGCGCCAUCGAAGAAUGUUGGCCGGGCAAUGUCACAAGAAGAACUUGCUCGGAUGCUGUUCACUGCUGCGAAAAGGGAUUGGAGUGCAGCUGGGGCUGUUUGA